AUGGCUUCUCACAGACAUCUGAAGCAUCCCGCUAUUAGAGAUCUUCCUUUUUCAGUACAGGAAGUGGCAUCAAACUGUGUGAACAGAGCUAAAAAAGAGAUUACCUGGGGCCGUAAUCAAACGGUCUCAGACGACACGAGUGGGUCCUUCAACGGUCACGACGAGUUCCAGGAAGCAGCAUCCGGUAGCGAAAACGUGGGAGACGGCCAAGAUUCGUUGGCCCGCAAACAUAAAUACCAGAAAGAUGAAAACCGCAACAACUACUGGGCCAUCGUCACAACGGGUGCCGGUCUGUUUUCGGACGGUUACAUCAACAACUCAAUCAGUACCGUCAAUGCUUGUUUGUCGUUGAUCUACGGGAAACAAUACUCGGACUCCAACGCGCUGCAAAACGUGUCAUCGAUCGCUUUCGUAGGCACGGUCGUGGGUCAGCUGAGUUUUGGGUACAUUUCCGACUUCCACUCGCGUAAAGUGGCCAUGUUGGUUGGCACAGGAAUCCUGAUUCUGUUCUCUAUCUUGGCAGCUGGUGCCUGGGGUGUGGGGACCACUGGAACUCACGCAGGUGGUCUUUUCGCCGCAUUGACCGCAUAUCGAUUUUUCUUAGGCAUCGGUAUCGGUUCGGAGUAUCCUGCGGGUUCCACAGCCGCUGCAGAAGCCUCCAACUCUUUGCCAGCGGGAAAACGGAACAGAUGGUUCUGUUGGUUCACCAAUCUCAUGAUCGAUGCAGGUUUCGUGGUCAGUUCCGUGGUACCCUUGAUUCUGCUGAAAAUUUGUGGCGAAAAGCACUUGACACCGGUUUGGAGAAUCACUUUGGGACUUGGUGCCAUUCCGCCAUUGUCGCUUUUCAUACUUCGUUUCAAAUACAAAGAAGGUAAGCAGUAUGAAAACACAAAAUUCCAAAGAACCAUGCCUUAUUGGAAAGUCUUCAAGUUUUACUGGUUUAGACUUGCUAUCGUCAGCAUUAUCUGGUUCCAAUACGAUUUCAUCAGUUAUUCCUUUUCCAGUUUGUCCAGUUUGAUCUUAGACGGUGUUCUUGGAGAGAGCGCUACUUUGACCAAGACUUUUGGCUGGAAUAUCGUUUUCAACUUAUUCUACAUUCCUGGCGCUUUCUUGGGUGCGAUUUUCGCCGAUUACUGGGGUCCACGUUUUACAUUGGUCAGUGGUGUACUCGUUCAGGCCGCUCUCGCAUUCAUCAUCGCUGGCUGUUUCGAUCACUUGAAAAAACACAUUGCUGCUUUCACUGUUGUUUUUGGUAUUUUCAGUACCAUGGGGGAGUUCAGUGUUGGUGAUAACAUUGGUUGUCUAGCUUCCAAAACCAGUGCAACUCCAAUAAGAGGUCAGUACUACGGAAUAGCUGCCGCUGUGGGCAAAAUCGGGGCUUUCGCUGGUUCCUAUGCUUUCCCAGCCAUCAUCAAGAAGUAUGGUGGCUAUGAUCACUUGCAGGUGCCCUUCUGGAUCUCUGGUGCCAUCUGCUGCAACAGUGCCUUCUUGGCUUUGUUUUUCUUGCCCGAUGUGGACCAAGAAGCCAACCUUCUCGAAGAUGAGAUGUUCGUUGAAUAUCUGGAAAGCACGGGUUACAAUGUGGCACGUAUGGGUACACACUUUGAUGACAGCGAAUUUGAGAAAGUUUCGGUGACCGAGCUUCCAAAGGAUGCUUGA